AUGCAUGGUAGUGAAGCGAUGGAACUAAUGAGACACAGUGAGACGUUCACGGUUCCACGAACAGUUGACGAUGGCGGCAGCGAAGAGCUUAACAUUAUGCCAAGCGAUGAUGAUCAGAAAGUGGGAUCAGCGAGGGAAAAAGAGGUUUCACAGUAUAAUCCGACUUCAGCGAAAAGUCCUCAACCAAUCGAAGGACUAGCGAAAAGCGUGUAUAUCGGAGUGUGCAACUUCGCGAAAGCCGAAGAACAAGUGGAAAAACGGGCGGAUUUCCGCGUUUAUCAUCAGUUGGUUCAUCGCCCUCUCCUUGAUGACUUGGAGCAGGAACUUCCUCUGAUUGUCGUCUACAAAACAGCCAACGGUUCAUUCAGACACUACCCCAUACGCCGCCGAAAAGUCGGCACAAUUUACUACUAUUACGUGGACUACGGUGAUCCAAAAGUUCCAGCACACGCUUCACUGGAUCAUCUCGUCAGAUUUUACCAGGUCAACGCUCAAAGGCAUCCAGAACAUCGUGACUACGCCGAUCAAUUCCCGUGGUGGGAGGUACAUCUGUGA